AUGAACGCAGCUGUCCGUGCCGUCACCCGCAUGGGGAUAUACGUGGGGGCCAAGGUCUUCCUCAUCCACGAGGGCUACGAGGGGCUGGUGGAGGGGGGAGACAACAUCAAGCAAGCCAACUGGCUCAGCGUCUCCAACAUCAUCCAGCUGGGUGGGACGGUGAUCGGCAGCGCCCGCUGCAAAGCCUUCACCACCCGUGCGGGCCGGCUGCGGGCCGCUCGUAACCUGGUGGAACACAGCAUCACCAACCUCUGUGUCAUCGGCGGGGAUGGCAGCCUGACGGGCGCCGACAUCUUCCGCUCCGAGUGGGGCGGGCUGCUGGAGGAGCUGGCCCGGGAUGGGCAGAUCAGUGAGGAGGUGGCGCGAAAGAACUGUCGCCUGAACAUCGUGGGGCUGGUGGGCUCCAUCGACAAUGACUUCUGUGGCACUGACAUGACCAUUGGCACUGACUCGGCACUGCACCGCAUCAUGGAGGUGAUUGAUGCCAUCACCACCACGGCACAGAGCCACCAGCGGACGUUCGUGCUGGAGGUGAUGGGCCGCCACUGCGGGUACCUGGCGCUGGUGUCCGGCUUGGCCUCGGGUGCCGACUGGCUCUUCAUCCCCGAAUCCCCUCCGGAAGACGGCUGGGAGGAUCUCAUGUGCGAGAGGCUUGGGGAGACGCGCAGCAGAGGGUCGCGGCUCAACAUCAUCAUCAUUGCUGAAGGUGCCAUUGACCGCAGCGGCAAACCCAUCUCCUCCAACUACGUGAAGGACUUGGUGGUGCAACGCCUGGGCUUCGACACGCGGGUCACUGUCCUCGGCCACGUGCAGCGCGGAGGGACCCCGUCAGCCUUUGACCGGGUGCUGAGCAGCAAGAUGGGGAUGGAGGCGGUGAUGGCACUGCUGGAGGCCACGCCGGACACCCCUGCCUGCGUGGUGAGCCUCUCGGGGAACCAGUCAGUGCGGCUGCCGCUCAUGGAGUGCGUCCAGGUGACAAAGGAUGUGCAGAAGGCCAUGGAUGAGAAGAGGUUUGAGGAGGCCAUCCAGCUCCGUGGGAGGAGCUUUGAGAACAACUGGAACAUCUACAAGCUGCUGGCACACCAGAAACCAGCACAGGAGAAGAGCCCCUUCAGCCUGGCUAUCCUGAACGUGGGUGCCCCUGCCGCUGGCAUGAAUGCUGCUGUCAGGUCAGCCGUGCGGAUUGGCAUCUGCCAGGGACACACUGUCUACGUGGUGAACGACGGCUUCGAGGGCUUGUCCAAGGGGCAGAUCCGUGAGGUGGGCUGGCACGACGUGGCAGGCUGGCUGGGACGCGGCGGGUCCAUGCUGGGCACCAAGCGGACGCUGCCCAAGACCUGCAUGGAAAAGAUUGUGGAGAACGUGCGGAAAUUCAACAUCCAGGGGCUGCUGGUGAUCGGGGGGUUCGAGGCCUACGAGGGGGUGCUGCAGCUGGUGGAGGCCCGCGGGCAGUACGAGGAGCUCUGCAUCAUCAUGUGCGUCAUCCCCGCCACCAUCAGCAACAACGUGCCCGGGACUGACUUCAGCCUGGGCUCGGACACGGCCGUCAAUGCAGCCAUGGAGAGUUGUGACCGCAUCAAGCAGUCGGCCUCAGGCACCAAGCGCCGUGUCUUCAUCGUGGAGACGAUGGGGGGCUACUGUGGGUAUUUGUCGACCGUCACCGGCAUCGCGGUGGGCGCCGAUGCCGCCUAUGUCUAUGAAGAUCCUUUCACCAUCCACGACCUGAAGGCCAACGUGGAGCACUUGACUGACAAAAUGAAGACAGAUAUCCAGAGAGGGCUGGUGCUGCGCAAUGAGAAGUGCCAUGAGCACUACACCACCGAGUUUCUCUACAACCUCUACUCCUCUGAGGGCAAAGGCAUCUUUGACUGCAGGAUUAAUGUCCUGGGCCACCUCCAGCAGGGGGGAGCCCCAACCCCCUUUGACCGCAACUACGGGACCAAGCUGGGAGUGAAGGCAGUGCUGUGGAUGUCGGAGAAGCUGCAGGAGGUCUACCGCAAGGGACGUGUGUUUGCCAACUCGGGCGACUCUGCCUGCGUGAUCGGACUCAGGAAGAAGGUGGUGGCCUUCAGCCCCGUGACGGAGCUCAAGAAAGUUACUGAUUUUGAGCACAGGCUGCCCCAGGAGCAGUGGUGGCUGAACCUGCGGCUGAUGCUGAAGAUGCUCGCCAACUACCAGAUCAGCUUGACCGAGUACAUCUCGGGGACGAUGGAGCACGUCACCCGCCGCACGCUCAGCAUCGAGAAGGGCUUCUAG